AUGACUGAUCUACAGAGCAAAAUGGACGCGCACCGCCCCGACAUUGACCGCGCGAGGGAGCAGAUCCAUGAGACGACGCAGAAGGCCGACUCGUAUCUGACCGAGUUGACGAAGCGCGUGGAUGAGUACCAGAACAACCACGAGAAUGUCGAGCCGGCGACCAAGUACCUCAAGGCGGCGUUGGACGCGUCGCGUUCGGCGACGCAGAAGCUCAAGACGCAGGGCCAGGACUUGUCGGAGCGGACAGUGCCCGUGGCGCUUGAAGGCAUGCAGGGCGUGCGCGACUCGCUGGACGAGUUGCAGAAACAAGCGAUGGCCUAUGACGACAAGUAUACGGGGUCGAAGGGACAGGAGGCUGUCGACACGUUGCACCACUAUGUGAAUUCUGGUCGCCAGCUGGCGACAGAAGCGCUGGAAACGACCUCGGACCAGUUGACGAAGCUGCGCGACGCCAUUAGCAACAUGGCUGGACAGGCGACGCACGGCGCCCAAGUUGCAGUGGGGGAGACAGUGCGAGCUGCCGAGUUUGGGGACGAGAAGUUGGGUGUGAGCAGUAUCGGCAGUGGUGUUGUGCAAAAGGUGCGCGACUUGGAUGCUCGCCUGGGUGUGUCGGCGACGGCAGCCAAGGUGGACAACACGGUGACUGGUGGACUUGGCAGCAAAGUGGCGUCGACGACCGCGGGGAUUGUGUCGGAAAGCGUGAACUACAUUACCGAGACUUUGCACAAUGCCAAACUCGCGGCUCAGGAAUCGGACACGGCCCAAAGUAUUGAAGCGAAGGGGACCGAGGUCACCGAUGCCGCUGCAAAGAAGAAGGACGACUUGAAGGCCACUUUCAACGAGUCUGUCGAGUACGGCAAGGAGAAGGUGGGCAUGGCCACAUCCAAAGCGGAAGAGAAGGCUGGCCAGGCAAAGGAGAUGGCUCAGGAGAAAGCCGACCAGGUAAAAGAAAAAGCCGGUGAGAUGAAGGAGACGGCAAAAGAGAAGGCAGGUCAGGCCAAAGACAUGGCCCAGGACAAAGCCGGCCAGGCAAAGGACAAGGCUAGCCAAGCCAAGGACGUGGCCCAGGAAAAGGCCGGCCAGGCAAAGGACAAAGCCGGUGAGAUGAAGGAGACGGCACAGGACAAGGCUAGCCAAGCCAAGGACGUGGCCCAGGAAAAGGCCGGCCAGGCAAUGGACAAAGCCGGUGAGAUGAAGGAGACGGCACAGGACAAGGCUAGCCAAGCCAAGGACGUGGCCCAGGAAAAGGCCGGCCAGGCAAAGGACAAAGCUGGCGAGAUGGAGGACACGGCAAAGGACAAGGCUAGUCAAGCCAAGGACGUGGCCCAGGAAAAGGCCGGCCAGGCAAAGGACAAGGCUGGUCAGGCGAAAGAGUCGACGAAGGACAAGGUUGUCGAGGCGAAGGACAAGACCGAGGAGAAGAGCGGUGAGGCGAAGGAGCAAUCGGAGGGCAUUGCUGCUAAAACCGCAGACAUGGCUAAGAAUAUGACCGAAAAGGUUAAAGAGCAAGUCGGAGCGGCAGUUGAUACUGUCAAAGGAAUGGGAACCAGAGCAGAGGCGAUGGCGACGAAACCGAAGGAGCCAACAACGACGCAAAAGGAGACCAACACGGAGAAGACGCUUGAAGCUGCCAAGCAAACGCGUGCCAAGAAGUCGGAGGCUGCACAGACUUCAGCUGGCACGGCGCGUAAGGAGACCGAAGGCAAGCAGAAGUCGCGCAUGAACAACAAGUGA